GCGCAUCGUGACAAACAGCCCGAAAACCGUCGGAAAACAUCGAGAGCCCGCGAUCGAUCGUGCCGGAGAGACAAUCUAUAAUUUCGUUCUACGCUACUCCUGCGCUACAAUCUGUUCGUCCUUCCGGAGGACACGCCGUACCACGACGCUCCAGUGAGACACUCGAUCAUCGCGGAAUCCCAAAUGAUCCGGGACAGACAGACUCGUGAAAGUUUGUGUGAAACGUGAAAGCCAAGUGCAAUACCAUCUAGAUAAGAAGAUCGAGAAGAAAUCAGGUUAGAUCUGAUUGCUAGUGUAAUUAUCAGCAUGUGCAGCAAUGAGAGUCCUCCGCCGGCGAAGGAGCCGCUGGCCGUCGGCCUCGGGAACCCCAUGGCAGGGUUCCUGCCUGGUCUCGAGCACUACCGUCUUCAAUUGUACCAUUACGCGAUGGCAGAGAGGCUGCGGCUGGCUCAACAGUUGCAUCCCCAGCAUCCGGGGGUCGGUCCACCGCCUUCCAGCGCCCCGACUCACUUGGGGAUCAGCCCCGGGUUCCCGGCUCCGUUGCCGCUGUACCCAACGACCGCCGCCGCCGGGUACCCGAGCCGACUGGCUCUGUCGAUGGCUCUGCUGCACCCUCACCAUCAGAGAAUACCGGAGGAGCCGAAACCCCAGCACAGCUACAUCGGCCUGAUCGCCAUGGCGAUCUUGUCCUCGCCCGAGAAGAAGCUGGUGUUGUCGGACAUUUAUCAGCACAUUUUAGAGCACUAUCCUUACUUCCGCUCCCGGGGACCAGGUUGGAGGAACUCGAUCAGGCACAACCUGUCUCUGAACGACUGCUUCGUGAAAUCCGGCAGAAGCGCGAACGGAAAGGGGCACUAUUGGGCUAUACACCCCGCCAACUUGGAGGACUUCCGGCGCGGGGACUUCCGAAGACGCAAGGCCCAAAGGAAAGUCCGCAGGCACAUGGGUCUGGCAGUGGACGAGGAGCCCGACAGUCCCAGUCCGCCGCCGUUACCCGCGACACCGCCUCCUCCAGCCACCCUCGGUCCGCCGGUCGCGUCGCAGACAAUCUCCAGCAUCUGGACGCAUCAUCAUCAUCCGCACCACCAGCAGCAGCAGCAGCAGCAGCAGCAACAACAACAACAACAGAACCAACAACAGAACUUUCAGAGCCAGACGCUGAGGCAGUCCUCGUUUCAACCCUCGAGGAAGAGGCUGUUCGACGUAGCGUCGCUGCUGGCGCCCGACGACCAGCAUCAGAUCGAGUCCGACCUGAAGCCAAUAAAGAGCAGACGGUUCAGCUGCAGCGAGGACGAGCUGCACGACCUCCACGAGCCGGACCAGGACGAGGAGGACGUCGACGUAGACGUGGUCGCCGAGACGAACGCCGUGCCGUCACCCAACACCCCCUCGGCCAGUCCCGACGUCAAGGUCAUCUCCUCCGGAGCACACUGGAGCAACCAGACCCUUCAGAACUCGAGUCCUCAGAUCUCCGGGCUGCAUCUGCACAAUCACCUGCAGGCCAGGAGUUACUACGUCCCGGCCACCUCCAGCACCGGGUCCAGCGUCUAAGGAUGAUCAGUGUCUCCUCCGAGAACUAUGGUGAAUUCUUUGCUAUGGGGGUCGUGGCAUUAGGUCCGGGAUAGUGACGAGGUGACCUGCUCCGAGAUGAUCGCGGGUCGAUAGCAGGGGUGCUAAGCUAGUCGUGCCAAAUCGAGAACCCAACGAGUUACUCCGACCUGCCAACGGCUCCGGAUCGAUUAGCAUAAUUCGUUGUAAAUACCGCGAAUCGAAUCAGAUCGGAUCGGAUCGGAUCGAAUCGAGUCCUCGAACCGACAACGCGCAGACGUCUCCGGGCUAGCCUGGCUCGAGGCAGGGUCCAGCAAUGGACUAACUCCUGGUGCGCUCCUCGGCGCCGAGUCUCUUGCCGGAGACGUGAACCGCAAGAAUCGUUUUUCGAGGCCGCCGCUACCAAUUCCACUUGUAUUAAAACGAUGUGUUAGGAGAAGAAUAUAUGUGUGCUGUAUAAAUAAAUGUGUAAGGGAAACUAUGUAUAUUCCGAUUCGAGAGUAGAACCCCGCAUGCCUGAGACCCCACGAGGUAGAUACGUCGCUUAUCUUUCACGGUGCACUUCGUGCAGCUGCCUGCGGAUCUUAUGCAUUUGUCAAGCAUCUCGACAAGAUCUUUCACGCGGAAUCCGAUAUCGUGAUCGAUUAUGGGUAUUGGAGAUCGCGCGCGUCUAUGUUUACAUUGAUGUUUGCAACUUGCAGUCUAAAUUUAACGAGAUUAUCAACUCAUUCGAAACGUGAAUCUUUAAGCUACAAUGUUUUCGUUCGAUACUUUGCAUCAAAUAACUGUCUGAUACCUCUUUCGAGAAUUUUAACUGUUUGAUUGUAACUUAAAAUUGUUUGAUUAUUGCCGUUAGAAGGAUUGUAACAAGAUCUUCAUUUUACUUGAAAUAUAAUCUGAGAUGUACUAUUGGUAUCUAGGAACUUUGUAACGAUGAUUUCUAUUGAUUCAGGAAAUGAAUCCGUAACAGGAAUAUUCUUGUUCGAUUCUUGCUGUUCAUUUUGUAGACAUCUGGAAUUUGAUGAUGUAUAAUUAAUGAUACUGUAACAAGAUUUUCAUUUAGAACUGGGACCUUCGAGACAAUUCACAAGACGUGCAACAAGUCUUCCAUUUUGAAGCAUAAAACUCGAUGUAAAACUUCUAUUCGAAUCCUUGAGACUUCACAAGUCACAGAAAUGUGCACUUAAGUUGCAAAAAUUUGUACUUACGUCACAAAAGGUACAUAAGUCACGGAAAGUACCAACGUCACAGAGAGUACUUGUGUCACAAGAAGUGCUGAAGUCACACAAAAUGUACUUAAGUCAUGAAAGGUAGUUAUGUCACAGAAAGCACUUAAGUGACAAAAAGUACUUAUGUCACAAGAAGUACUUAAGUCACAAACAUUCAGAAAAAUUUCUGUGUGCUUACUUCGCAAACAUUUCUUGCAUAUUUCACAAAAAUUUGUGCUUACGUAAAAAUGUACACUCUAUAAUGAUCUCCGAGAGAAUCUAACGAAUUUUCUAUGAGACGAGGCGAGACGUAGAUUUUCGCGUGAAAGAAAUACGGUUUGAACUUCAGCGAGAAUUUCACCGUGGAAGGCGAUUUUCCGGUGCGUUUUAGAGCUAUUAUAAAAUCGAAUUGUGCCAAUCGUGGGGUUCUACCCGCGAAUUAAUUCUUGUAAAUAGGGGUGAAUCCCCAAGAUGGCGAUGUCACUAAACUUCGUUCGCGAAAUCAUAAAAAUGCGAAAUGGUUGCGGGGCAUCGCGUCAGACUGAAACGGUCGCGGCUGUUCAAAGUGUAAUAUAAACAAGAAAAUAGUCGAAGGAUUACUAUAGCUCGUCUUUAUUAUUGACCGUUUGUCAUCGUUUUUUUUUCUCGGGAAACGGUAUAUGUACUGCGUGUGUAACGCGAAUGUAAUAUUACACGCGCCCCUUCUGUAUGUAUGUAUGUAUGUAUAUCUACUAUUAUGUAUACGUGCUUACGUAUAACCGAAGAUGUAUCCCGACGAAUUCACGCCUCGACAACACAAAAAAAAACACAUACCGAGAAAGAGAGCGAAAGAGAAAGAAAGAGAGAGUGAGAGUGAGAGAGAGAGAGAGAGAGAGAGAGCGUGAUCGUUUAGGGAAGAGUGUUUUUUAAAGUGAUCACCAUCCACGCAAUGCAAAUGUCGUCGAACCUAAUCCCUGUCUUGAUUCUCAGCGCGGAACCGAUUGCAAUUCAAGUUCAAUAAAGUUUCUGUUCCCAUGAA